UCUUUGAUGAAAACGUCAGCCUGCCCACCAGCGGCUGUCAGUGCGACUUCUCUGUCCGCUGUCCAGAUCCCAGUUCGGGACCUGUUUGGAACCAACACACUGCCAUGGCACCCGGGAAGAAGAACCGAGUCUUCGUCAUUGGUGUGGGCAUGACAAAGUUCGACAAACCUGGAGCCCGAGAAAAUGACGACUACCCUGAGAUGGCCAAGGAGGCAGGUGUAAAGGCUCUGGCAGAUGCAGGAAUCCCAUACUCAGCCAUUGAACAGGCCUGUGUGGGCCACGUCUAUGGGGACUCCACCUCCGGACAGAGGGCUAUUUACCACGGUUUAGGUCUGACGGGGAUCCCCAUCAUCAACGUCAACAACAACUGCUCUACAGGCUCCACUGCUCUGUUCAUGGGCCGUCAGCUAAUCAUGGGAGGUCUCGCUGAUUGUGUCCUGUCUCUUGGUUUUGAGAAGAUGGAGAGAGGUUCCUUAUCUACUAAGUAUAUGGAUCGGACCAAUCCCCUGGAUAAGCACUUAGAGGUGAUGAUGGACCGCUAUGGGAUGGCUGCAGCUCCAGUAGCACCACAGAUGUUUGGCAACGCCGGCAGAGAGCAUAUGGAAAAAUAUGGUACCAAACCAGAACAUUUUGCCAAGAUUGCCUGGAAAAACCACAAGCAUUCCACCAAUAACCCGUAUUCCCAGUUCCAGGAUGAGUACAGUCUGGAGCAGGUGAUGAAGUCCAGGAAGGUGUUUGAGUUCCUUACUCUCCUGCAGUGCUGUCCAACUUCAGAUGGCGCCGGAGCUGCGGUUUUAGCCAGUGAGGAUUUUGUCAAGAAGCAUCAUCUGGAGAGUCAGGCCGUGGAGAUCGUGGCUCAGGAGAUGGUCACUGACCUUUCUUCCUCGUUUUCAGAAAACAGCUGCAUUAAGAUGGUUGGAUACGAUAUGACACGCGCGGCGGCCAAAAAGUGCUUUGAAGCUGCGGGUUUAAAGCCGAGCGACAUCGAUGUGAUUGAGCUGCACGACUGCUUUUCGGCCAAUGAGCUCAUCACCUACGAGGCGUUGGGCUUGUGUGAUGAAGGUAAAGCUGGUGAGCUCAUUGACAGAGGGGACAACACGUACGGAGGAAAGUUUGUGGUCAACCCCAGUGGAGGCCUCAUCUCCAAAGGACAUCCUCUUGGAGCCACAGGUCUAGCGCAGUGUGCAGAGCUGUGCUGGCAGCUCCGAGGCCAGGCGGACCGCAGGCAGGUCCCCGGAGCCAAAGUGGCCUUACAGCACAACAUUGGCUUGGGGGGAGCGGUGGUCGUCACGAUUUAUAAGAUGGGUUUCCCACAGGAAAUGAGGUCCACCAGAGGUGCAUCAGACAGCUCAAAGGACAGCAAUCUGGAAGGUUUCAAAUCACAGUCUGUCUUCAAAGAGAUUGAAAACCAGCUUCAGCAGAAAGGCGAGCAGCUCGUGAAGAGGGUCGGCGGCGUCUUUGCUUUCCGGGUGAAGGACGGCCCAGGCGGUAAAGAGGCAACGUGGGUGGUGGAUGUAAAGAACGGCCGAGGAUCUGUGCUGAAGGAGUCAGGAGAAAAGGCCGACUGCACCCUGACUGUCAGCGAUCACGAUCUACUGGACUUGAUGAGCGGAAAGUUAAACCCUCAAACGGCGUUCAUCAAAGGAAAGCUGAAGGUCUCGGGAAACAUGGGAAUGGCCAUGAAGCUGCAGAACCUGCAGAUUUCUCCUGACAAAGCGCGCCUCUGAAAGCCUUUCAAAACAAAAAAUACUAAUAUUUUUGCUAUGGAUAUGAAUGAUCUCAUCAAGUGCUUACAAAGUCACCCUGAUUUUCUUUCUAUUAUCAGUUUACUACAUUGGUUAAAUGUUAAAACCUUACUUAGUAAUUAUUUUUCUAAUUUGAAGGAGAACCUGCUGAUAUUUUAAUCAUGCUGCCAUAAGAACGCCGCGUCUCUGAUUUGUGGGAAUGAGCUGUUUGUGAUCGAACGCCGUUUUUGACCUUAUCUACUGUGAUAAACACUUUUUACGAGUGUCUGUAAAUGAUGUCUGAUUUUAAUAAAUAAAAAUCUUUACUGACAAGAA